AUUUCGUCUAAUUUCCGUUGAUCCAUGUCCGAAAGAGCACCGAUUUUGAAAACAAAAAGUCUCUCUCUCUCCAACUCGCUCUCACUCACACCUCUUCUCAGACUUCUCCAGUUAAAAUUCUUUUUCUUAAUCGAUAAUAUGUGUUGAUCGGCAAAAGCGAGAAAAUGUAUGAGGCGCAGCGUUUCGUGGAUUCUCAAGAGAAUGCGAAUUUUGGGGACCCAAAAUCGUGGCUUUCGGGGGAGGAUCACAACUCGUCUCCGACUCACCGGCUAACUCAGUCCUCACUCGCCAACUCAACCACUACAGCCCCAGCUGGUCAAAGUGGCAGCUUGGUUCGGGUCCUCUACCAAGACCUUGUCGAGAUAGUCCCUCUCGUUCAGUCUCUCAUCGAUCGGAAACCGAGCAGUUCGUUUACGCGGCGGGGUUCGGUGAUCUACACGAAGACGCCUUCAAGAGAUUCGUUAUCGAAAAAAGUAAAGUCUUACAGUCAGGUAACUGAAUCAAAAGGACGGACUGCAGCUCAAUCGAUUCCCACUAAAAAGAGAAGAGACCCUGGAGAUAAGGACCAGGGUAAGAACACUAGCAAUAACUCAGAUGCUGACAACUAUUCAGUUGUUUCAUCAAGGGCUUUGGCAGCAGAAAAGGACAGAGAAGAGUUGGUCAUGUUAAAGGAACAACUGGAGGAUCUGCGAAUAAAAUUAUCAGAGAAAGAUGAACUUUUGAAAUCUGCAGAGAUCUCAAAGAAUCAGGUGAAUGCUGUUCAAGCAAAACUUGAUGAACUGAGACACCAAGCUUCAGAAAAAGACUCUUUAAUAAAGUCUACGCAGCUGCAACUUUCUGAUGCAAAGAUUAAGCUUGCAGACAAGCAAGCUACACUUGAAAAGAUACAGUGGGAAGCAAUGACAUCCAACAGAAAAGUGGAAAAGCUCCAGCAAGAGCUGGACUGCAUGCAAGGAGAAAUUUCAUCAUUUAUGCUGUUGUUUGAAGGCUUGACAAAGAGUGAUUCUGCUGUAUAUGCUGAUGAUUAUGACCUAACAGCAAAAUAUUUGGAUUGUCUGCCUUGUACUGAUGAUUUGGAUGAGAAGGAGAUGCAAAGAAUGGAUGAAGCAAGAAAAGCUUAUAUUGCUGCAGUUGCCACUGCAAAAGAAAGGCAAGAUGAAGAAUCUGUUACUGCUGCAGCCCGAGCAAGGUUACAUCUUCAAUCAUUUGUUCUGAAAACCUGAAGUUAAGCAUUGCUCCCAGCAGAAAAACGGAAAGUCUUGAUUUCCCCCCCCACCCCCCCCAACCCUUCUUUUUUCUCCGUGUUGCGGGCUGUUGUUGAUAAUUAUAUCUUAAUGAUGUAAGGAUAAAAUUUCCACUUGCUUUUCAAAUAUCUGUUUUGUUCUUAGGUAUUGAGAGGCUUCACACUAUGAGGUAUUGCUCCCAGCAGAAAAACGGAAAGUCUUGAUUUUUUUUUCUUCCCCUCUCCCCCCCUCCCCCCCCCCCCCCCCCCCCCCUCUUUUUUCUCCGUGUGUGUUACUGGGCUGUUGUUGAUAAUUAUAUCUUAAUGAUGUAAGGAUAAAAUUUCCACUUGCUUUUCAAA